GCCCCUCAAUGCCAGGCGGGGGAGCCCCUCUCUCAGCAGCACUCCACAGCAUCACCGCCUCGCCUCGCUGAAAAGGACGGAGAGGAGAGAAAUGCAAAGGGAUGUAAGAUGGCAGAGCUACAAAUGCUAUUAGAGGAGGAGAUCCCUGCCGGCAAAAGAGCUCUCGUGGAAAGCUACCAGAACCUGUCCCGUGUUGCGGAAUACUGUGAAAACAAUUAUGUUCAGGCUCAAGACAAGAAGAAGGCCCUGGAGGAGACCAAGGCCUAUACCACCCAGUCUCUGGCCAGCGUGGCCUACCAGAUCAAUGCCUUAGCUAACAAUGUGCUGCAGCUGCUGGAUAUCCAGGCCUCGCAACUACGACGCAUGGAGUCCUCCAUCAACCACAUCUCCCAGACAGUGGAUAUUCAUAAGGAGAAGGUGGCACGUAGAGAGAUCGGCAUCCUGACCACAAAUAAGAACACAUCUCGCACCCACAAGAUCAUCGCCCCGGGCAACAUGGAGCGGCCAGUGCGCUACAUUCGAAAGCCUAUCGACUACACGCUGCUGGAUGAUGUUGGACACGGCGUCAAAUGGCUUAAGGCCAAGCAACAUGGGAACAAUGCGGCAGGACGAGGAGGGACACUUUCCAGGACCAACCCACCCACACAGAAACCCCCAAGCCCACCCAUGGCUGGUCGUGGUACCCUGGGACGUAACACUCCCUACAAGACCCUGGAGCCAGUGAAGCCUCCAGUGGUGCCCAAUGACUACAUGACGAGCCCGGCCCGACUGGGCAGCCAGCACAGCCCUGCACGCACAGCCUCGCUCAACCAGAGGCCCAGGACUCACAGCGGCAGCAGUGGUGGUAGUGGCGGCAGGGAGAACAGUGGAAGCAGUGGAGUUGGUAUCCCUCUAGCAGUUCCCACCCCCUCCCCUCCCAGUAUGGGGCAAGUGGCGACCUCCUCGGCCUCAGUGCCCCAGGGCCCCGGCUUGGGUCCCAUACCCAUGUCCCAGUUCGGCACCAUCUCCCGCCAGAUCUCCCGUCACAACUCCUCCACCACCUCCUCGGCCUCCAUGGUGUCGGCGACCGGCACCUACCGCCGCGCGCCCUCCGUCUCCUCCCAGCAGCCCCACAUCAACGGGGGCCCUGCCUACCCACAGAACACAGUGUCUGUGGCUCCUCCGCCUCCCCCUCCAGUGGUCCAGCUGACCCCACAGAUCCCUCUGACCGGCUUUGUGGCCAGAAUGCAGGAGAGCAUAACAGACAGCCCCGCCCCGCCUCCUCCGCCUCCCCCAGAGGACAUCGGUGUGUUUGAGGAGCCCUCUCCCCCUCCUCCUCCCCCACCUGUGGACUACGAGGAAGAGGAGGCCGCAGUGGUUCAUUACAGUGAUCCCUACUCUGAUGGAGACCCCCACUGGGCCCCCAAGGCUUAUUUAGAGAAAGUUGUGGCCAUCUAUGACUACACCAAGGACAAGGAGGAUGAGCUGUCCUUCAUGGAAGGAGCCAUCAUCUACAUAAUCAAGAAAAAUGAUGACGGCUGGUUUGAAGGUGUCUGCAACGGCGUCACCGGACUCUUCCCAGGAAACUACGUCGAGUCCAUCAUGCACUAUGCUGACUAAAAAAAGAAAGAAAAAAAACACCUAAAACAGCACUGCAGUUUUGAACAGAGGUAAAACCAUGAACUUGUACAGAUGUAUGCAGUCCAGCGGUUGCAGUUCAUAGAGCUCCCACUUUGAAUGAAGUGCCAUGGUGAAUCUACAAAUGGUUUUCUUUCUUUUGGGGUGGGGGGAGGGGCUUGUGCUUGCACGUUUUUGUUGUGCUCCCCAAAAAAAAAUUAAAAAGAAGCGUUGCACAAAGGAGGAAGGUGCUGAAGCUUUGGAAGCCCGUGGGUCUGUUAGUUUACACUGUGGACAAAAGGGGGGAGAUAAAAGCCUCUUUGCUGCCGCUGUUACGUCUGUGACGGUCGGCAGCACUUCUCAAUUUUUAACGGUCACAUUUUGCCUCACAAGCAAUUACAUACAAUCAGAAGAGUUUGAAGAAGUAGAUCUGCAACCCUGAUUCCAAAAAAGUCAGGACUUUUUGUAAAAGGUCAGUAAAAUCAGAAGUCCCAGUCAUUUGCAAACAAUCAUGUGUUCACAAAGUGAUGAACCUCGCUCCACCCUCGGAUGCUCCUUUCAUACCCAAUCAUGAUACUAUCACCUGUUACCAAUCAACCUGUUUACCU